CUCUGAGAAGGGAGCAGAGAAAUGGGUCUCUGCAAUUGAUAUUAUGCAAUGCGCAAAGGGCACUGAAGCAACCAAAGACUGUAGACAAAUGCUAAAGAAAUUAGGAGCAGGUGUGAAUGGAACAUUGGAUGAACCAGUAUGGCAGAAAUUUCUUACAAAUUUUAAGGGGUGGUUGGAAGACCAUAACAAAUAUGACCAGGCCACAAUGUGGUAUGAUGUAGCCCAGGGAAUGACUUUGACUGCCCAUAAGGCAAAAGACACUGACAAAGGGACUAUGUAUGAAAUAUGGGAUGAAAUUAAAUUGCCUACAAAAGAAUUAAACAUCCCUUCUGAAGUACGGUGUAUUAUCCCCCAUAACCCACAAAAAUCUCUCCCUCCCACAGCACCACCUCCAUAUAAAAGCCCGGAGGGGUGGACUUGUCCUAAUUGUGGACAACAGAACCCAGACACAAGAGUGAGAUGCUCAGCCUGUGGGGGGUCCAAGCCACACUCUCGUGUGGGCCUAUACCCAUUAGUCAAUAAGACCCUCCCCACAGUGAAAGCUGGGCAACUGGAAACACAUGAUUAUGAGGUCUAUAGGCCAUGGACUCCUAGUGAGUUACUGGCUAUGUGUAAUACUUUGCCAGACCCCCGUACUGUCCCCAGUACUUUCCUUCGUAAAUUGGAAAGUAUCCAGACCGCAUAUAAAGCCACUUGGGCGGAUCUGGAGAGUCUUCUAGAGACUAAAGGAGGGGAAGUACUUAAGAAUCAAAUGAUGGCAAAAGCCCCUGGUACUGUCCCAGUGGAUAAGGCCACAGACCAGUCAGGCCAGGAAUUUAUCAUGGCCCUUAAACCCUGGGUAAAAGAGCAACAGGACAAUCAGACUGACACUUUUAUGAUGCAAACACAAGACGCUAAGCAGACUGUAGCUGACUAUGCCACAGCUUUAGAACAGCUCUGGCUUGACUAUGGGUAUGAGACAGGAGACAGUAAGGACAUGAGACUACUAAAACAUACAUUCAUGUCUGGAUUAAAAGCACCCAUACAGGAUGCGGUGAAGAAGGCUCGCCCUGAUUGGCGGACCUGCCAGUUCCCUGACCUAGUGGCCAUAGCAAAGGGAGCUGAGCUAGACUUACAAAAUAAAAAGAAGCCAAUAAUGGCUAACCAACCUUUUAAACCUAAGGGCAGGUUUCACGAAAGAAUACCAGGUGGGGAUCAGUCUCCACGUAACUGGGACCAAGUAACAUGCUGGAAUUGUGGGAAAAAAGGGCAUUUUUCAGUCAGAUGUCCCCGGAGAGGUCAGGCUACUGCCCGGACCUCUCAAUGAAGUGACGGCAAUCCUGUGAGUUCCCUCAACGUUAACUACCCCCUUGACGCAAUCCCAGGUCCACAACUAAUCAUCACAUCCACAUGUGAGGACACAGGGAAUUCAAUUGACUUCUUGGUAGACACAGGAGCGGCCCAUACCCUAAUACAAGAAAAAUAUGUGCCUGAGGAGCUUAUCUCCUCAGAUUACAUCUACUGUCAAGGGGUUGAGGGGACAACUGUUAAACUCCCACUAACAAAGCCUGUUAAACUUAAUAUUCAUGAUGCUGCAUCUAUUGUCACACGUGUGUUGGUAAGCUCAGAUAGUCCAUACAAUUUGCUGGGGACUGACGUACUCAGUGCCAUGAGGGCAUCUGUGGAUUUCUCUUCAGGAAAACCCCAAAUUACAGCCCCUGUGUCUGAAGAGACUCUGUGUGCACUUAUGUACUUAAUGACAUUUAGUGCCCCCUCUGCCUCUCAGAAUACACCCCCAGAUUGGCUGUCUGAAGUGCCAUCACAUUUGUGGGCAACUUCCAAGACAGAUGUGGGCAGACUACCAGUAACUCCGGUGGUUGUGCAGCUGAAACCUGGCAUUAAGCCGCCAUGUGUGCGUCAGUACCCAUUAAAUUCUUCACAGGAAGAUGCCAUUGCAAAUGAUCUGGAAGAGCUGUUGGGGAAAGGGUUAAUAAUCCCUAUAAAAAGCCCCUUUAAUACACCCCUAUUUCCUGUAAAGAAGAAACAGACUGUGAAGGGUCAGCCUCCAGUCUAUCGUAUGGUACAUGAUUUAAGGGCAGUGAAUGCUGUAACUGUCAUAAAUACACCACAAGUGCCCAAUCCACACACACUGUUAAACCAAGUGCCCAUAGAUGCCACAUCUUUUUCUGUCAUUGAUCUUGCAAAUGCUUUCUUCUCUGUCCCUUUAGAUGAAGAAUGCUGGCCCUACUUUGCUUUCACUUUUCGUCACAAGCAGUAUGCAUGGGUCGUUUUACCACAAGGGGCUGCCAAUUCCCCUGAUAUUUUCUCCACUGCUUUACACUCUGUGUUGCAGUCCUGGCAGCCGGCCUAUCCGGACACUGUUCUUUUACAAUAUAUUGAUGAUCUGUUGCUUUGUUGCCACAGCUCUGAACAGUGUAAAGAAGAAACUUUAUCUUUGCUUAUUUUCCUUGCUGAAAAUGGUUGUAAAGCCUCCAAGGAGAAGCUGCAACUUUGUAAAUCUACUGUGAUUUUCCUAGGUCACUGUAUUUCUCCAGGUACCAAACACCUCACGACUGAGAGGGUUACUGCUAUCCGGCAGCACCCCCUGCCAAGUACUCCAAGGGCUCUGCGUGCCUUUAUUGGACUUGUCAGUUACUGUCGCCCCUGGAUUAAGGAUUGCUCUCAGAUGAUGCAGCCACUAUAUGAUUGCCUCAAAGGAGAGACCUUUGAGCUCACACCAGGAGCUAUCCUAAUUCUCUUGAAGGUACACAUUCUCUAGUUCCUGGAGAUUGGGUAGUCCUGAAGAGGCAUGUAAGAAAGACCCUGGAGCCAAGGUUUGACGGUCCAUAUCAGGUGCAACUGACCAC